AUGCAAACGGCGGAUGGUUCGUGGUACGGAAACUGGGGAGUGUGCUUCAUGUACGGUACGUUUUUUGCGGUUCGAGGUCUUGUGGCUGCAGGCAAGACUUACCAUGACUCUGAGGCUAUCCGUAGAGCGGUUAAGUUCAUUCUUGAGACACAAAACGUUGAAGGCGGUUGGGGAGAGAGUAAUCUCUCUUGCCCCAACAAGAUAUACACUCCUUUGGAUGGAAAUAGGACCAAUGUGGUUAAUACAGGACAAGGACUAAUGGUUCUAAUUAUGGGUGGUGAGAUGGAGAGAGAUCCUUUACCCGUUCAUCGUGCUGCCAAAGUGUUGAUCAAUUCACAGUUGGAUAACGGAGAUUUUCCGCAAGAGGAAAUGAGAGGUGUGUUCAAGAUGAAUGUGAUGCUACAUUUUCCUAACUAUAGGAACAUCUUCACUCUCUGGGCACUCACUUAUUACACCAGUGCUCUGCAGCUUCUCAUGUAA